CUCUACGUAAACGAACUGAUUACUCUCGUUCAAUACGUUUCACAUGAUAAGAAUCUCACAACGGAGUAUAACAUUAGAUAAAACUCAACGCCACAGAAAAAUGUCUGUGUUUAGAACAAAGUUAUUCGAAGGUUGUGUUGCAAUAGUAACGGGAGGAGCUACAGGAAUUGGGAGAGCCAUCACUUACGAAUUGCUUACAUUAGGUUGCAAAGUGGUGAUUUCGUCACGAAAUGGUGCAAGACUAAAGGCAACUGUUGAAGAAUUUUCCAAUGUGGGAACUAUCACUUCGACAGUCUGUAACAUUCGAAAGGAAAACGACGUCCGAAACUUAAUAUCGACAACUAUUGCCAGACACGGCAGAUUAGAUUUUAUAGUCAAUAAUGGGGGUGGACAAUUUUUAUCUCCUGCUGCAGAUAUUUCGUUAAAGGGAUGGAAUGCUGUAACAGAGACCAAUCUGACUGGAACAUUUUUAGUGUGCAGAGAAGCGUUCAAUCAGUGGUUCGAUAAGAAUGGAGGAGUUAUUGUAAAUAUUAUUGCUGAUAUGUGGAGGGGAUUUCCAAUGAUGUCUCACACAGGAGCCGCUAGGCAUGCCGUUUUCAAUCUAACUCAAUCCUUAGCCAUCGAAUGGGCAGAUAAAGGAGUUCGAAUAAAUUCAGUAGCACCAGGACUAAUUCUAUCGCCUACAGCAGCCGCAAAUUAUGAAAGAAAUAUUUUUGAUGAAGUAAAGGGAAACUUACCGGCCAAAAGAGCUGGCUUACCGGAAGAAAUUUCGUCGGCAGUUUGCUUUUUACUUUCGCCUGGUGCUGCUUACAUAUCUGGUGCUACUUUGCGGGUUGAUGGGGGUAGCAGUUUGUAUACGACAAUGUUUUGGAAUGUUCCAGAUCAUAAGUCACUUAAAGCAUAUAAUUGGAUUCCACCAGCAAAAUUAUAAGCCGGUACAUACCUCCUAUCCAUCUUCACAGUAAAUUUUUUUUGUAAAACAAAAACAUUCAAUAAAAAUGCAUUUUAAAUUU